AAUAAAAGAAUUUUUAUUUAAAAUUUUAACCGUAAAAAUUUAAAACUUGGCCAGCCUAAAAAAUAUAAGUGAAAUAAUUAAAAUACUGAAAUUGUAAUGUUUUCACUACAAGAAAUAUUUUUGGGGGUAACAUUCCUCCUGCUUUUGUGGUAUUUGUUAACCCGGAGAAGUGGAAAAUUACCGGAUCCACCAGGUCCCAGAGGGUUGCCCCUGCUCGGAAAUAUCCUCCAAAUGGAUAAAGCGUUACACAUGACGUUUUCCAAAUGGGCAAAAAUCUACGGUCCCGUUGUCCAAGCUCACUUGGCGACAACGAGAAUUGCCAUCAUUUCGGAUCACGUCAUUCUCCGAAAAAUAUUCGCCCAAACGGAAUAUUCUGGUCGGCCGGAUUUCCACUCGGACAUGACUUCCACCCCGGCAGAAAUCGCGGAAAUGAAGAAAUUGUAUGGAAAAUCCGCCUACGGAUUGUCGCCCACCGAAGGAAAAAUCUGGGAAGAAUUGCGACGUUUUACACUCCGACAGUUACGCGAUUUCGGAUUUGGAAAGCAGUCCAUGGAGGAAUUAAUUAUGGUCGAAGUUGCCGAAUUAAUCGAACAUUUAAAACGUUUCGAAGUUGGGAGAAAGCCGGUGACGGAUUUGAAGGAAAUGUCGAUUUUAGCCGUGGCGAAUUCGCUACGAGUUAUCGUGGCGGGAAAACGGUAUCGACAUGACGACCCGGAAUUGUUGAAUUUUACGAGGACGGCGGAAAAAGCUCUUCAGGACCUCCUGGAAAAUGCGGGAUUACUCUUUUUUGUCCCCUGGUUGGGAAAAUCGUUUCCAAGACUGACGGGCUACGCUAAAUUGAAAGAACGAGGUUUAGAAUUUUUAGAUUCUUUCCAAAAACCCGUUAAAGAACAUUUGGAGACUUAUUCGCCAGAGAAUAUAAGGGAUUUUAUCGACGCUUACAUAAAAGAAAUGAAAACCGUCACUGAUCCAGAUUCUCCAUUUUAUGGAAAACGUGGUGAAAAAAAUUUGGAAGCAAUUUUUGGAGAUUUCUACAUCGGUGGGACGGACACAACUACUUCCAUGAUUGUAUGGAUGGUUUUUAUCCUCUCCAAAUUUUCCGAGUAUCAAGAACAGUUUCAAAAUGAGAUAAAAUCUGUUACCGGGAAUAACAGGGCGUGCCAGCUAAGCGACAAAUCGAGCAUGCCAUUCACCGAAGCCCUAACCGCAGAAACGUUCCGAUUCGCCACCGUUUCUCCGUUCGGACUGCAACAUCGAACCACCAGCGAUCAAGAACUAAACGGUUUUUUAAUUCGAAAAGACACCUUGAUAUUUCCCAACUACUAUUUUAUGCAUCACGACCCCGCCAUUUGGGGAGAUCCCGAGACCUUUCGACCCUCCCGCUUCCUGGACAAGGAGAGAAAAACCUUUGUCAAAAAUCCCGCCUUAAUCGCAUUCGGAACCGGACGAAGAGUUUGUAUUGGCGAGUCGUUCGCGCGGGAUAGCAUUUUCCUCUUCGUGACAAACUUAUUUCAAAGAUUUAGUAUCGCCAUUGACAAAAAUGGACCGGAUAAUGGAUUCGCGACGGAAACUGGGUUUGCCCUGGUGCCAAAACCGUUCCAUAUUUUGUUAAAGGAUCGUCUCGAAUAGGGGGAUAAUUUAUGACAGUUUUAUUAACAUUAACAAUUAAUGUCUCAGCGCAUGCUCUCAGAUUUUGAUGAAACUAGUGUCAAUCGAUCACAAAUUUAAUUACUAUGAAAUUUGCAAAAGGCACGAUCUCCCAAUGUGCACGUUUGGCCGAGAUAUUUGCAUCCGAAGAGGAGAAAACGAGCUGUAAAUUUGGAAAAUGUAAAAAUUUUUCGAAUUUAUGUCGUAUAGGGAGAAAAUUUAUGGUGGUGUUGUCAACUUACAGUGGAGCUAUUCCAACGAAUGUGCUCCGAUUUUGGGGAAACUAUUGUCAAUCGAUGACAUAUAUAAUUAGUACAGAAUUUGCAAAAAAAUCUGCCAAUGUGUUGGUUUGACGGAGAUAUUUUGUAUCCGAAGAGGAGAAAGUGCGUAGUUAAUUUCGAAAGUGUAGAAUUUGUAAAGCUUUCUCUACUUUGGAUGCAGACAUCUCUGCCAAGCCAAACGUGCCUAUUGGGAGAUCGUGUCUUGAAAAUUCCGUAUUAAAUUCCGUAUUUAAUUAAAUUUGUGAUCGAUUGACACUAAUUUAAUCAAAAUCUGAAAUCAUACACUCUAUUGUAAAAAUACAAUUUGUAAAAUUACAUACUUUGCAUCCCAAUUUUAUAAAGUUUACGAAAAGAAAGUGAGGUUGCAAAUAAAUUAUAAAUUUUAAGGAUAAAACGCUCCUUUUAAUAUCUGUACGUCCAUAUUCUAUGAUCUAAAAAUGUAUUUUUGAACCGUUGCGUUAAAUUUGUAAAUAAUUAUUAUCGACGUUUAUGUAUUCAAAAAAUAAAAUUAGCAGUUCGUCACUCUGCUCUUUAUAACCCAAGAAA